CAGCGCGUCCUCCCGGCCGGCCGUGGUGUGGUCCAGCCGGAGUUUGAUUCCUGCCCCUUCUUGCCGUGAGGAAGUGGCUCUUUAUCUCCGGGUCCUGUGGGCCCAGAGCCCUGGCACCGGCCACAGCAGAGGAGACGCCACUCGGGGCCAGCCCCAGGCCUGCGGGGCGCCCUGUGUGCUGCCAGGAGCCUGCCCGGAAUGGCCGAGGGACGCUUUUACCUGUCGGUCCUGGCGCUGUCCGCCCUGGGCUCCGUGUGUGUCCUCUUCACCGUCUAUUGGAUGUGGAGCUGGCACGGUGGCUUUGCCUGGGAUGGCAGCAUCCUCACGUUCAACUGUCACCCGGUGCUCAUGGUGGCCGGCAUGGUGGUGGUCUACAGCGCUGCGUCGCUGGUGUACCGCCUGCCCCAGUCCUGGGUGGGGCCCAAGCUGCCCUGGAAAAUCGCCCACGCGUCCCUGCACCUGCUGGCCUUCGUGCUGACCGUGCUGGGGCUGGUGGCCGUCUUCAGAUACCACAACAACAAGCACAUCGCCCACCUCUACUCCCUGCACAGCUGGUUGGGCAUCACCACCGUGUUCUUCUUCGCCUGCCAGUGGCUCCUGGGCUUUGCCGUCUUCCUGCUGCCCUGGGCGUCCCUGUGGCUGCGCAGCCUCCUCAAGCCCGUCCACGUCUUCUUCGGGGCCGCCAUCCUCGCUCUGGCCCUGGCGUCCGUCAUUUCCGGCAUCAAUGAGAAGCUCUUCUUCAGCCUGAAGAACGCCACCAGGCCCUACUCCAGCCUGCCCGGCGAGGCGGUCUUUGCCAACGGCACCGGCAUGCUGGUGGUGGCCUUCGGGCUGCUGGUGCUCUACGUCCUGCAGGCCUCAUCCUGGAAACGCCCGGAAGUGGGGAUCACGACCGAAGGACAGCCCCUGUUGCGUGAAAGGGAGUGAAGCGAGAAGGGAUGCAGGAGCGGUCGGGGUGCGUCUGGACUCCCUCAGCACCUCUGCUCUACCUGGGGCUCCCGGCGGUUUGCCGAGCCCCCACCUCGCCCGCCCUGUGGGCUGCUCUCUCCGCCACGUGCUGCCUACG